AUGUCCACUGUUGGGAAAUCAAUUUUUUGUAAAGCCGCUGUUGCAUGGGAAGCUGGCAAGGAACUAUCAAUUGAAGAGGUUGAAGUGUUGCCACCAAGAGCUCACGAAGUUCGUAUCAAAAUCCACUAUACUGGUGUCUGCCAUACUGACGCCUAUACUUUGUCUGGAGUUGAUCCUGAGGGUGCAUUCCCAGUCAUCUUGGGCCAUGAGGGUGCUGGUAUAAUUGAAAGUGUGGGUGAGGGCGUUACCAACGUCAAGCCUGGAGACCAUGUCAUUGCGUUGUAUACUGCUGAGUGUCGUAAAUGUAAAUUCUGUAAGAGUGGAAAGACCAAUUUGUGUGGAUCAGUGAGAGCCACUCAAGGGUUAGGAUUGAUGCCAGAUGGAACUUCGAGAUUUAGAUGCAAGGGUAAAGAAUUGUUGCACUUUAUGGGGUGUUCCACAUUUUCGCAGUAUACUGUUGUUGCAGAUGUGUCUGUUGUGGCAGUUAAUCCAACAGCUGGUAUGGAUAAAACAUGUUUAUUAGGAUGUGGGUUCACUACCGGAUAUGGUGCAGCCACAAUCACAGCCAAGGUUGAAGCCGGUGAUAACGUUGCUAUUUUUGGUGCUGGAUGUGUUGGAUUAUCAGUUGUCCAAGGUGCUGUUACCAACAAAGCUGGAAAGAUCAUUGUCGUUGACAUCAACAAUAAGAAAAAAGAUUGGGCAUUUAAAUUCGGAGCUACGGAUUUUGUUAACCCAUUGGAAUUACCCAAGGAUGUUACCAUUGUAGACAAGUUAAUUGAAAUGACGGAUGGUGGUUGUGAUUACACAUUUGACUGUACCGGUAAUGUUAAGGUGAUGAGAAAUGCAUUGGAAGCUUGUCAUAAAGGAUGGGGGACCUCGAUUGUCAUUGGUGUUGCAGCAGCUGGCGAAGAAAUAUCAACAAGACCAUUCCAGUUAGUCACUGGUAGAAACUGGAGAGGUUCAGCAUUUGGUGGAUUCAAAGGUAGAACUCAAUUGCCAGGGUUGGUUGAAGAUUAUAUCUCGGGCAAAAUCCAAAUUGAAGACAUGAUCACCCACAGACAUCAAUUGGAUCAAAUCAACGAUGCGUUCCAUGAUAUGCAUGGCGGUGAUUGCAUUAGAGCAGUUGUUGAUAUGAAAUAA